AUGCCCUAUGUGGUUAGAAUGCCUAUCUCUGCUGCUGGCAUGCGGGAGCGAUUUCUGUACAUGUUCAUUUGCAGGCGUGUUAUUGUUGGAAUUCCUUCGCAAAUUAUAUGGCAACAGAAUGCUGCGCCUGCUGUGGCUUGGCUUGUCAAGUGUUGGUUAGAGUUUAGUCCCAGCAACACUCGCAGGCGGUGGGCCCAGAAGAUGGUGUUGCUCUUCUGCCUGAAACGGGGCCUGCAACCGACCGGUUGCUGCACUCCAUCGACCACCGGCUUGCUUGAAGCGGCGUGUUUGAUGAACGACGGGCGCAAUCACUGCAUCAUAAUUAACGAUCCCGCCACGGGCAAACUCUGCGGCCUGGUCACCGCCAAAGACCUUGCCUUCCGCGUGGUGGCGAGUCAGAUGCCCUUUACUACUCCCGUGGAGCAGAUUAUGACUCCCAGACCGUACAUCAUGUCGGCGCGGGCAAGCGCAAACGAGGCCCUACGGUUGAUGGUUACGAAGAAGAUACGGCACCUGCCGCUGGUGGACGACAACGGCAGUGUUGUGGGGGUGCUGAACAUAACCAAAUGUUUCUACCAUGCGAUGAUCAGGCUCGAAAAGAUGGCCGGUGAGGCGAAAAAGCUCGAGUCCACGUUCAACGACCUGAAAGAGGCGUCGCUCGAGCUGGAAACAAGCAAGUAUUUGCUGGUCCAGCGCGGGGAGGGCGAGUCGGAGACGCAGGAUUCACCGGAGGCGUUUGCAAGCAACGAAAACCUGAUGGACCUGGGCAUCUUGCGUCGCAAACAAAAAAUCGUGAAGGACCUGAAAAGGCUGAUUGAUGUGAUGACCCAGCCGAAUCUCCGGAGCGUUCUCGAGGACUCGGAUCUCGAAAUGUCGCCGCCGCUGCUGAUUGGCACAAAAACCAGCGUUUUGGACGCCGUCAAGCUGCUCAAGGAGAAAAACGUGACGGCCCUGCUGGUUUGCGAGUCUCCGGCCGCUCCUGCCCACUGCAGCCACAUCAUCGGGAUUCUCACGAGCAAGGACGUCGCCUUUAGGGUGCUGGCAAGCCACAUCGACCCCAAGACCACGAGCAUAGCACGGGUGAUGACGCUCAGGCCCAACUUUGCGGACGAAACACUGGAAAUCCACACCGCGUUGCGACUGAUGUUCGAAGGGAAGUUUUUGAACCUGCCAAUCAAGGAUUCCAACGGAUACAUUACCGGCCUAGUGAGCGUUUUGCAGCUGACCUACGCCCUGCUCAAGACACUUGACGGGUCCACUGAAACGACCGAAGAUUUACUGGAGGCAGACAACACAUCGGUAAACUCUCUCGAUAACGGGCCUGCAUGGAAUCGGUUUUGGGGAUCACUGGACCAGCCGCUGAGCACGAUGGAGAGCACGGAGAAGUCCUCGAGAAGAAGCUCCUACCACUUACCGCGCAAGGUGGCCCGCACCAACUCCAGCAACGAUACGCCGACUCUCAGUGUGCCGUACAUUGGGCCCAUCAAACGCAAUUUAUCCGAGCAGUCUUCCUUCGAGCGGACACUGCCGCGUCCACCGGCGUUCAGCAAUGUUUCCUCUGCAACUGUGUUUGAGGCGAGCGCAAUAACUGAUGCUCCAGAAACCUUGAAGACCAAACCAAGGGAGGUCAAAUACAAGCUGAAAAUUAAGGAGAACUUGGGUUUGGGCUUUAACAAUAAAAUAUACAAGAUCAGGAUUGACUUGGACUCAAUCAGCAGCUCUGCGGACCUCUUUCGUGCACUGACACACAGGAUCUACCAUAAAGUGAGUCUGAGUCCCUCGGAGUAUAAAUUCGACCUUGGCUACAUCGACGAGGACGGAGACCUGAUAUCUGUCGAGAAGGAGGAGGACUUUGAAAACGCCACUGAGUCCAAACGCGUCUACUUUGUCCUGGAUAUUCGCAGGCGGUAUCCAAACCCCUCUCCCGAUGCCAUGACUUUGGCGCUGGCCGCCGGGUGCGUGGUGAUCGGGCUAUACCUAGUGAGAAGAUAUAGCUGA